AAUAUUCAGUUGUGUUCUAAGCGCGUUGCAGCAAAGUUCGUAUCUUACAGAAACCAAAUUUUAAUGCCAGAAUGUGGAAAUUUGUGUUAAUAUCUGUGCUCAGCCUGCUGCCAAAUGCGCUGCUUCAAGCUGAAGAUUAUGAAGACAAUCAAACUGAGCUUCCAUAUACCACACAAAUAUACCAAACAAGUGACUCACAUCUGUGCACAGAACAUGAGGUAAUCCUCUAUACGCUAAUGGAGCCAACACCGUUGCGGGAGUAUGGUUUUUUUGCCGAACCCUUUAGGCGGGCGGGAAUUCGGGGAUCAUUGCGUAGAGUGACCAAGACCAGAUUGGAGCUCCGUCAAGUUUGCUGUCCAGGCUAUCUAAGAGCCUACGAUAAUAGCUGCCAUCCAGUGUCGACAACAACGGAGAUCUACACAGAGUUAAACGAUGUCUCGACUCUGACUGUGCCUGUGCCCAGUACGGAUAAAAGCUUACCGAGUGCCGCAGACAAGCAGUCGUAUAAGCCUAAGCCCUGGCUUAUGUACGGCACUGUGCUCAUAUUGAUCUUGCUAGCCCUGGGAGUAUGCAUGUAUAGCUUCUACUAUAUCAAGCAAAGGAAAGAUAAGAGAAAUGAAGACGGCAAUGAAAUUGAAGCGCGCUCAGCUCUGUUUUGCAACUAAGUCACAAAUUAUAAGUAUAUUUGCUCUAGAAAUUCAAUAAAUUUGCUAAAAACCCUAAGUGAUAUAAUCGACUCAAUCCAAGAAUACUAAAAAAAAAUGUUAUAUAACUUUAUCAGUUUUUGGCAUUUAAAUAGAUAUAUUUUCUAAAAAUCCGUCAUAUAAGAAAUCGGGUAAAAUUAUAAUCCCACCCUUCUGUAUCUUGCAUAUAUGCCUGUGGGUCAGUAUAUAAAUAUACUAAAGUAUACUACACAAAUAUAUUU